AUGCUCAACCUCCAUUGCGCCUUCCACCGCACCCUUUACCAUGUCUCCAUGUCUCCCUCCACCGUGUCUCCAUCUUGGCCUCCAUCACAUCCUCACGUUCUUUCUCUUGUUCAUCACACCCUUUAUUGCAUCUCCUUCAUGCUUGUCAUCAUGUCUUUGCAACCCCAUCAUGUCUUCUGCCGCAUCCCAUGGCCUCUGUCACGUCACAUCACCUUUUGCCACGUCCUCGUGACCCCUUUACAUCCUUCAAUGUGUCUUCUAUCACGUCCUCUACCACAUCCUUCAUUACAUCCUCUCACACUUUGUCAUGUCAUCCACCAAACAUCCUCGCUCUCCGUCGCAUACUCACCUUCUGUCAUCCUCUCUUAUGGAUAUUCAUGCUUAAUUAUAGUGGUGAUUGAACUGUUUGUUGAAUUGCUAUUUUGA